AUGGCUUGGCUGCUGUUGCAGCUCGAUAAUAAGAUAAAGAUUGCUGAAGUUCCCAGCGGGCUACCCGAAAAUAUUGUGCUCAGAAGUCACUUUAGAAUUAUAAAAGCAUUUUAUCAAUUUCUGCCAAAGUUGGUGACAGCAAAAAUACCAAGUCUCAAUAAUAGUUUGAAAAAUUUAAGAUCUAUAAGGCUUAUUGAGAUUUUUAAAAUAAAUUUUUAUAAGAUGAAGCAGUUCGGGCAAGAUCAGCAUAAAAUCGGUAAUUUAUAA